AUGCUCUGGGUCAUCCUCCUCAGCGUACUGGCCCGGUCCGGCCCGGGGCUACCCGCGCCUGCAGAGCCAAAGCCCCAGGGCAGUCAGUGCGUCGGCCACGACUGCUUCGCUGUCUUCGGGGAACGCGCGACCUUCCGCGCGGCCAGCCAGACCUGCGAGAAACUGAGAGGCCACCUGAUGACCGUGCGCUCCUCGGUGGCCGCCGACGCCAUAGCCCUGCUGCUGAGCAGUCACGGAGCCGCCGACGCGGUCCUACAGGCGGACGGGCGCUCCUGCGCCACGCCCCCCGAACACUCCUGCGACCUCUGCGAGCACUUCUGCGUCCGCGGCUCCGACGUGCCAGGCUCCUCCUACUCGUGCAUGUGCGAGACAGGCUACAAGCUGGCGGCCGACCUGCACCACUGCGAGGACGUGGACGACUGCGCGCUAGUGCCCAGCCCGUGCCUGCAGCGCUGCAUCAACACGCAGGGCGGCUUCAAGUGUGACUGCUUUCCCGGCUAUGACCUGGUGGACGGCGAGUGUGUGGAGCCCCCGGACCCGUGCUUUGGGUCCAAGUGCGAGUCCCAGUGCGAGCCCGAGGGCCCGACCAGCUACCGCUGCAUCUGCGCCGAGGGCUUCGCACCUAUGCCCCUGGAGCCGCACAGGUGCCAGAUAUUUUGCAACCAGACCUCGUGCCCCGCCAUCUGCGACCCCAACACCUUGUCCAACUGUGAGUGCCCCGAGGGCUAUAUCCUGGACGAAGGCUUCAUGUGCACGGACAUCGACGAGUGCCAGGACGGCAGCUACUGCUCCGACGUGUGCCACAACCUCCUCGGAUCCUACGAGUGCCUCUGCGGGCCCGACUCGGCGCUCGCCGGCCAGAUGAGCACGGACUGUGAUCCCAUCAAGGUGAACGGCGAUGGCGACGGCGACAGCGACGGCGGCUCCGGGGAGCCCCCCGCCAGUCCGGCGCCCGGCUCCACGCCCAGUCCCCCACCCGCGGGGCGCGUGCACUCGGGUGCGCUCAUCGGCAUCUCCAUCGCCAGCCUGUCCCUGGUGGCGGCGCUUCUGGCACUGCUCUGUCACCUGCGGAAGAAGCAGGGCACCGCGCGGGCCAAGAUGGAGUACAAGAGCGCAUCGCCUGCCAAGGAGGUGGUGCUGCAGCAGGUGCGGACCGAGCACAGGCUCUGA